GUGUUCCACCGUGCCAGAACGGAGGGAUGUGUCUCCGGCCUCAACUCUGUGUGUGUAAACCGGGGACCAAGGGCAAGGCCUGUGAGACCACAGCUGCCCAGGACACCUCGUCACCAGGCUUUGGAGGGCAGAAUCCUGGGGCUGCUUCCUCCUGGGUCCCUCCUGAGCAAGCAGCAAAACACACUUCAUUGAAGAAGGCAGACAGUCUACCACGAGUCAGCCCCAUGGCCCAGAUGACCUUGACCCUCAAGCCGAAGCCUUCAGUAGGACUCUCUCAGCAGAUUCAUUCUCAAGUGACACCCCUUUCCUCACAGAAUGUGAUGAUUCAUCACGGCCAGACCCAGGAAUAUGUGCUCAAGCCCAAGUACUUUGCAGCGCAGAAGGUGAUUUCGGGAGAGCAGUCCACUGAAGGUUCGUUCCCUUCGAGAUACGGGCAGGGUCAAGUCACGGCACCUUUUCAGUUGAGUAACCACACUGGCCGCAUCAAGGUGGUCUUUACUCCGAGCAUCUGUAGAGUGACCUGCACCAAGGGCAGCUGUCAGAACAGCUGUGAGAAGGGGAACACCACCACUCUCAUUAGUGAGAAUGGUCAUGCUGCCGACACCCUGACGGCCACGAACUUCCGAGUGGUCAUUUGCCAUCUUCCAUGUAUGAAUGGCGGCCAGUGCAGUUCAAGGGACAAAUGCCAGUGCCCUCCAAAUUUCACAGGGAAGCUUUGUCAGAUCCCAGUCCAUGGUGCCAGCAUGCCGAAGCUGUAUCAGCAUUCCCAGCAGUCAGGCAAGGCAUUGGGAACGCAUGUAGUCCACUCCACACAUACCUUGCCUCUGACCAUGACUAGCCAACAAGGAGUCAAAGUGAAAUUUCCUCCCAACAUAGUCAAUAUCCAUGUGAAGCACCCUCCUGAGGCUUCAGUCCAGAUACAUCAGGUUUCAAGAAUCGAUGGCCCAACAGGCCAGAAGGCAAAGGAAGCUCAACCAGGCCAAUCCCAAAUCUCUUACCAAGGGCUUCCCGUCCAGAAGACCCAGACAGUACAUUCCACAUACUCCCACCAGCAAGUCAUCCCCCAUGUCUAUCCUGUGGCCGCUAAGACGCAGCUUGGCCGGUGCUUCCAGGAAACCAUUGGGUCACAGUGUGGCAAGGCGCUCCCUGGCCUUUCAAAGCAGGAGGACUGCUGUGGAACUGUGGGUACCUCCUGGGGCUUUAACAAAUGCCAGAAAUGCCCCAAGAAGCCAUCUUAUCAUGGAUAUAACCAAAUGAUGGAAUGUCUACAAGGUUAUAAGCGGGUUAACAACACCUUUUGUCAAGAUAUUAAUGAAUGCCAGCUACAGGGCGUGUGCCCUAAUGGUGAGUGUUUGAAUACCAUGGGCAGCUAUAGAUGCACCUGCAAAAUGGGAUUUGGGCCGGAUCCCACCUUUUCAAGUUGUGUUCCGGAUACCCCUGUGAUCUCUGAAGAGAAGGGGCCCUGUUAUCGUCUUGUCAGUUCCGGAAGGCAGUGUAUGCACCCUCUGUCUGUUCACCUCACCAAGCAGCUCUGCUGUUGUAGUGUGGGCAAGGCCUGGGGCCCACACUGUGAGAAAUGUCCCCUUCCAGGCACAGCCAAGGAAGAGCCAGUGGAGGCCCUGACCUUCUCCCAGGAACACGGGCCAGGAGUGGCGGAGCCAGAAGUGGCAACUGCACCCCCUGAGAAGGAAAUACCUUCAUUGGAUCAAGAGAAAACCAGAGUUGAGCCUGGUCAACCCCAGCUCUCUCCAGGCAUCUCAACUAUUCAUCUGCACCCACAGUUUCCAGUAGUGAUUGAAAAAACAUCACCUCCUGUGCCUGUGGAAGUAGCUCCUGAAGCUUCUACAUCAAGUGCCAGCCAAGUGAUUGCACCUACUCAAGUAACAGAAAUCAAUGAAUGUACUGUGAACCCCGAUAUCUGUGGAGCAGGACACUGCAUUAACCUGCCCGUGAGGUAUACCUGUAUAUGCUAUGAGGGCUACAAGUUCAGUGAGCAACAGAGGAAAUGUGUUGAUAUCGAUGAAUGCACUCAGGUCCAGCAGCUCUGCUCCCAGGGACGCUGUGAAAACACAGAGGGAAGUUUCUUGUGUAUUUGCCCAGCAGGAUUUAUGGCCAGUGAGGAGGGUACCAACUGCGUAGACGUUGACGAGUGCCUGAGGCCAGAUGUGUGCGGGGAAGGGCACUGCGUCAAUACCGCGGGGGCCUUCCGGUGCGAAUACUGCGACAGCGGUUACCGCAUGACCCGGGGAGGCCAUUGCGAGGAUAUUGACGAAUGCUUGACUGCAAGCACUUGUCCAGAUGAGCAGUGUGUGAACUCUCCUGGGUCUUACCAGUGUGUUCCCUGCACAGAAGGGUUCCGAGGUUGGAAUGGGCAGUGUCUUGAUGUGGAUGAAUGCCUGGAACCACAGGUCUGCACAAACGGUACUUGCUCCAACCUUGAAGGCUCCUACAUGUGUUCAUGCCACAAGGGUUAUACCCCGACACCAGACCAUAAGCACUGCAAAGAUAUUGAUGAGUGUCAGCAAGGGAAUCUGUGCAUGAAUGGGCAGUGCAAAAACACGGAGGGCUCCUUCAGGUGUACCUGUGGGCAGGGGUACCAGCUAUCAGCGGCGAAAGACCAGUGUGAAGAUAUUGAUGAAUGUCAGCACCAUCAUCUCUGCAGUAAUGGACAGUGCAGGAACACAGAGGGCUCUUUCCUCUGUGUUUGUGACCGAGGUUACAGAGCAUCCGCCCUUGGGGACCACUGUGAAGAUAUCAACGAAUGCUUGGAGGACAACAGUGUUUGCCAAGGAGGAGACUGCAUUAACACUGAAGGGUCAUAUGAUUGUACUUGUCCAGAUGGAUUCCAGCUAAAUGACAAUAAAGGAUGUCAAGAUAUUAAUGAAUGUGAACAGCCCGGACUCUGUGGUCCUCAUGGAGAGUGUCUCAACACAGAAAGUUCUUUUCACUGUGUCUGUGAACAGGGUUUCUCAAUUUCUGCAGAUGGCCAUACGUGUGAAGAUAUUGAUGAAUGUGUAAACAACACUGUUUGUGACAGUCACGGGUUUUGUGACAAUACGGCUGGCUCCUUCCGCUGCCUCUGUUAUCAGGGCUUUCAGGCCCCACAGGAUGGGCAAGGGUGUGUGGAUGUGAACGAAUGCGAGCUGCUUAGUGGGGUGUGUGGUGAAGCCUUCUGUGAAAAUGUGGAAGGGUCCUUCCUCUGUGUGUGCGCUGAUGAAAACCAGGAGUACAGCCCCAUGACCGGGCAGUGCCGCUCCCGGGCCUCGGGAGACUUAGAUGAAGAUCAACCCAAGGAAGAAAAGAAAGAAUGCUACUAUAAUCUCAACGACGCCAGUCUCUGUGAUAAUGUGCUGGCCCCCAACGUCACCAAACAGGAAUGCUGCUGCACCUCUGGGGCCGGGUGGGGAGACAACUGUGAGAUCUUCCCUUGCCCUGUCGUGGGGACUGCUGAAUUCACUGAAAUGUGUCCUAGAGGGAAAGGUUUUGUCCCCACUGGAGAAUCCUCUUACGAGAUGGGUGGUGAGAACUAUAAAGAUGCGGACGAAUGCAUGCUCUUUGGGCAAGAAAUCUGCAAAAAUGGCUUCUGUCUGAACACUCAGCCUGGUUACGAAUGCUACUGUAAGCAGGGGACAUACUAUGACCCCGUCAAACUGCAGUGCUUUGAUAUGGAUGAAUGUCAGGACCCCAAUAGUUGUAUUGAUGGCCAGUGCGUUAAUACAGAAGGCUCUUAUAACUGCUUCUGUACCCAUCCAAUGGUUCUGGAUGCUUCAGAGAAAAGAUGUAUACGACCAACUGAAUCACACGAACAAAUAGAGGAAACUGAUGUCUACCAAGAUCUGUGCUGGGAACAUCUGAGUGAGGAGUAUGUGUGCAGCCGGCCCCUCGUGGGCAAGCAGACGACUUACACGGAGUGUUGCUGUUUGUAUGGAGAGGCCUGGGGUAUGCAAUGUGCCCUCUGCCCCAUGAAGGACUCAGACGACUAUGCCCAGCUGUGUAACAUCCCCGUCACGGGACGCCGGCGCCCAUAUGGACGGGAUGCCUUGGUCGACUUCAGCGAACAGUAUGCUCCAGAAGCUGAUCCCUACUUUAUUCAGGACCGUUUUUUAAAUAGCUUUGAGGAGUUGCAGGCUGAGGAAUGUGGCAUCCUCAAUGGGUGUGAGAAUGGCCGUUGCGUGAGGGUGCAGGAGGGUUACACCUGUGACUGCUUCGAUGGGUAUCACUUGGACAUGGCCAAGAUGACCUGUGUUGAUGUAAACGAAUGUGAUGAGUUGAACAACCGGAUGUCUCUCUGCAAGAAUGCCAAGUGCAUCAACACCGAAGGCUCCUACAAGUGCCUAUGUCUGCCUGGCUACGUACCUUCUGACAAACCCAACUACUGCACUCCGUUGAAUACCGCCUUGAAUUUAGAAAAAGACAGUGAUCUGGAGUAAAAGAGAAUCUACAUAACCGAAGCCCAUAUACUCUGCACUGUGUAAAGGGGAAGAGAGAGAUGUAUUAUACUUGAGACAUUGCACCGAACCCGGAAUGUCGGAAAUACGGAAACAUCGCGGAGUUGUGCGUCCUUGGGAAGAGGAUGAGAGGAUCCAGUGUGAGCCUGACUGGUGUGACAGACCAAAUGGACGUUUCUCUGAAAAACCAGUAUAUAUAGUCUGUUCAUAUGUAAAAUUCAGUGGAAAAGAGGCGGAACAGUGCUGUUAUUUUAAACAGAAGGUUGUAUUAUGAUGUUUUUGUUUUGUUUUGUUUCUACUAUUGCUUGAUUAAAUUCGGCAUUUAAAUAGUGGUGGAAAUAUUUUAUAUAAUUUUCAUUUUUUUGGUUGUGCAGUUCCUUGGCUACUGUUUUUCUUCAGAUUUUUUUUUUUUCAUUCUCAAGUGCACAAGUCUUUGAUAAAAUAUUGUUAAACUGUAUUAUAAGUAUUGUUACACAGGGUUAUGUUAUUCCUGGUCUGGAGCAUUUUUAAAAUCCACACUGUCUGUCCUGUGGAGCAGGCAGUGAUUUUUGUUUCAAAACUUUUAUACACAUUUGGAGGAAAGUACUUUAUAUUUACGGUGUAUUGUCUGAUUUUAAUGUCCAUUCUUAGCCAAGCUGCUAGUAGGCAUCAAUUGGAUCCUUUCCUGCAUUGAAAUGGAAGAACUAAUGAGCUUACGUUAGUAUUGUAAUUGUGUAAAGUAAGCCCAGCAAAAUUUUUGGAAAACUUGAUGAUCCCACCGUAUUUACCAUUGUAUGUUAAAGCAAAAUAAAUCACCAUUUUUUUAGAAAAAAAAAUUCUACCUGA